AGAGAGUCUGAGCGUGACCUGGCAAGAAGAGCAGCUAUUCGCUUGUCUGCUUCACUUUAGCUUUGUGUGUGACAACCCGCUCUCAUCAUGACUAACAUGCGCUCCUCUCUCUCUCUCUCUCUCUCUCUAUCUCUCGCAUACGCUAAAACUCUGAAAAUGAUUUACAUGUAUUGGAAAGACGAAGAAGUGAAGCACUAUAUCUAAAACAGAGAGAGAGAGUGCGGGUGUCUCCACCUCUCUCGCACUUUUCCUGUGUUUAUAUUUUUGUUUAUUUGCAAAGGAAGUGUUAUUUUAUUUAAUAUUUUGAAACUAAAUUGGGUUUACAGUUUACUUGUGGAUAGUUUAAUACAGUUGGUUCUUGUCCCUCUGUCGCAUGUUCCUUGGAUGACGCUUCAAGCUCGAAACCUCGUCGUUUUCUUCUCCUCCUUCUGUGGCCUUUUGUUGCUUUCGUUCACUCUGUUCGAGAUAUAAAACAACCCAAAAAAUUAAACGUAUCUGCCAUUUCUGUUUCUGGGCCUCUUUGCUUUCCAUUUUCCCGCUCUCUAAAAGGGUAUAUUAGUUGUGUUGCAUUGUUUUCUCAUUUUCUGGACAAAGUAAAAGAAGAUGAAUACCAGAGUGCGCACCACUCUUCAGGCAAUGAAAGCUCCUUUGAACCUUGAUAAAAAGGAGAAGAUGGAGACUCAGGGGAGCCGAGUAAUCGACGCUAGGAAACAUGUGACCAAUCGGCGCCGAUCAAAUAGAGAAAGGAAAAUGGCCUUACUUCAAGAUGUUGAUAAGCUAAAAAAGAAGCUCAGACAUGAAGAAAAUGUCCACAGAGCAUUGGAGAGGGCUUUUACUAGACCUUUAGGAGCUCUACCUCGUCUUCCUCCUUAUCUCCCUCCACAUACAUUAGAGCUUCUUGCCGAAGUAGCCGUUUUAGAAGAAGAGGUUGUUCGUCUAGAAGAGCAAGUUGUGAAUUUUAGACAAGGUCUCUAUCAGGAAGCAGUGCACCUUUUCUCCAAGAGGAAUGUGGAAAAUUCGGGCGAUUUGAUGGAUCAUAACUUGAUUAGAAGCUCCAAACAUCAGCGAUCAAAGUCUUUGCCCCAAAAUGAGCUCAAUUCAGCAACAUCCAUGGCCAGACUUCAACCUUCUCUUACCAGAAGUACUUCAAAUAGGAAGCUCUUGUUCGCUGAUACCGGCCCUGAUCGAACCACAAAUUUUCCCAGUAGGCCAGCUAUGGGGAAGCAAUUUACUAAGAAACCAAAUUCCUCUCCGCCUCUUCCGGAAAAUGGACGAGGAAAAGAGAAUUGGUUGUGUGCAAAUUCUGUAAAGGAUAAGCUAUCUCCGGAGAAGAAAUGUACAAAAGUUGUAACCCCAGUGAAGAAACCUCCAAUCAAACAUGGAUCAGUGGAUAAGUGUGUUGAUCCUUUAAGGUCUCAGAUAGAGAGCAGAUUAGUAGACCAGGAGAGAGCACAGGAGAACUCUUCUUGUUCUUCAGAUGAAAGAAUAUUGGAAGCUGAUAGCACCCCCAACAAAGUAUCUGAGGAUAUAUUGAAGUGCUUGUCUAGCAUUUUUGUGAGGAUGAGCACAUUGAAGGACAAAGUAGUAGAAUCAGGGACUUUUCAAACACUAGCUUCUCAUGCAAGCAACAGAGAAACAGAAUUCCGAGAUCCAUAUGAUACCUGUUCAGAAAUCAGAAAUAGAGAUAUUGGUCCCUACAAGCAUCUCUGUUCAAUUGAAGCAACUUCAGUUGAUCUCAACCGAACAACAAAUGCUUUGUUUCUGAUCCAAAGACUAAAGGUCCUAUUUGGAAAGCUUGCCACUGUGAACUUGGAGGGUCUUACGCAUCAGCAGAAGCUUGCUUUCUGGAUAAACACUUACAAUUCCUGCAUGAUGAAUGCAUUUUUAGAGCAUGGGAUUCCUGAUACCCCUGAAAUGGUUGUAGCACUAAUGCAAAAGGCGACAAUCGUUGUGGGAGGACACUUGCUCAACGCAAUUACAAUAGAACAUUUCAUCUUGAGAUUGCCUUAUCACUUGAAAUUUACAUGUGGAAAAGCUGUGAAAAAUGAUGAGAUGAAAGCACGAAGCAUAUUUGGAUUGGAAUGGUCUGAACCCUUGGUUACAUUUGCCCUCUCCUGCGGAAGCUGGUCCUCCCCUGCAGUGAGGGUAUACUCAGCAUCACAAGUUGAAGAAGAGUUGGAAGCAGCAAAGAGAGACUAUUUGCAGGCAGCAGUUGGCAUUACCAAGACAAACAAAUUAGUAGUUCCCAAGCUACUAGAUUGGUAUCUACUUGACUUUGCUAAGGACUUGGAGUCAUUGCUGGAUUGGGUCUGUCUGCAGCUACCUGACGAACUUCGUAACGGAGCAGUUAGAUGCCUUGAGAGAAGGGGAAGAGAACCCCUUUCACAGUUAGUACAAGUAAUGCCAUAUGAUUUCAGUUUCAGGUUACUUCUACACCGAUGAGAGUUUUUUUUCUUUAAAAAAAAAAAAAAAUCUUUUUACUUUCAAGUCUAGUUUGACCAACUAUGGAUGUGGUGGGGUUGUGUACUGAUAGACAAGUGAGAGUACAUAUAUAAUCUUGCAUUUGUAAGUGUGGGCAAAAUUUUGUUGUUAUCAGCACAUGGGUUCAUUAUUGGGGAAAGCUUAUAUGAAUAUGGUGAAUUCUUUGAUUCAAAAUUUAAAAGGUAUUGCCGAUCCUAAGAUGUCAAUGUUAGUUGCUACAGUUGGAAUUAUGGUUGUGGAGCAGAGGCAAGCAGCUAGUAUAACUGUAUAAAUCCAGUUCAAAAUAGAAAGGGUGCACACAAAUGAUUGCUUUAGGAAAAACGACAGAUCAAUGUUGAGAGAGUUGGUAAAUAGAGCCAGGCAAGCAAAGACAGCUCACUUGAAACAAAGCUUAUAGUUAGAGUCUUACAGACGUACACUAUGUGAAGCUGAUUAGAUUCUAAGCUUGUCCGACACGGCGUGUUCAAGCAAGGCAACAACAUGCUUUAAAAAACCUUUGUCGUCUACCUCUCAAAAUGACAACCCUCUACAAACGUCUUUGUUUGCUUAUGAGUAUUAUCCAUCCGCAUUUGGAAAAUUGGAGCCUCGCAAGCUUCCUGUGAAAGGCCAGCAUUUCUCUCAUAGUUUCUGACUAGUGUAUAGUCAAAGAUCGUCGUAUCUCAAAGUCAUGGAAGCUCAGAUCUCAUUGGUACAGCCAAAUUAGCAGCAUACAGUAUGGCUUAACGGAUUUCCUUUCCUUGAAAGCUGUAAAGCAUAAAACAUCACAAGUUGACAUUGUAGCAUAGGCUUUGUGAUCUAGUUCGAAUUGUAAAAUUAAGAUAAAUAGUCUAUAACCAAUCUCAUUGUAUGAAGUCAUGAGUUAAUUGUA